UCGCAUCUUUUCAGGAUCCCCGCAUAAUACGUGUCCGUCCGUCCCGUGUCCGGUGUUUCUGCUAGCGGCAAACGCGCACACGGUGACAUAUUACGAAAUCCUAUGGGGAUUAUCACCCGUCAUCGUCGUCCUCCUGUCACGCUGGUGGGAUCCUACGUUCGUGCGCUCGCGUAAAAGGCCGCCCGGCCAGUCGGCGCGCCUUUUUCACCCCGGGUUCGGAAGAUAAAUAAACAUGCAUAGGGAACGACUGGUACUCCACUUUCUGGCGUUGAGCCUCCUGCUCGCCCUCACUUCGCUGGUCCGUGCCGACGAGCACAACCACGUUUACGAGGAUGGCGAUGAGGUUGUGUUAUGGAUGAGUACCGUGGGGCCGUAUCACAAUCGUCAGGAGACAUACUCCUAUUAUUCCCUACCCUUUUGUACAGGCACAAAGAAUGUUAUCAAUCACUAUCACGAGACCCUGUCAGAGGCUCUACAGGGCAUUGAAUUGAAGUUCAGUGGCUUAGAUAUCGAAUUCAAAGAGGAUAUCUCGAAAACAGAAUACUGCCAGAUAAGUCUGAAUGAAGAAAGCCAGAAGGCAUUUGUAUAUGCGAUAAAAAAUCAAUAUUGGUAUCAAAUGUAUAUCGAUGAUUUGCCAAUAUGGGGUGUUGUAGGAGAAUUGGAAAACAAUGAUGGAGUUGCAGUAUCAGAUUCCUAUUAUAUUUGGACGCAUAAAAAAUUUGACAUUGGGUACAAUGGUAAGCAGAUAGUGGAUGUCAACCUGACUAGUGAGAACAAGGUGAAGCUAGUGCAGGGUGCGCAUAUACCUUUCAGCUAUGAAGUCAAUUGGAAGAAGAGUAAUAUCAAAUUUGAGGAUAGAUUCGAUAAGUAUUUGGAUCCCAACUUCUUUCAACAUAGAAUACAUUGGUUUAGUAUCUUCAAUAGCUUCAUGAUGGUGAUCUUCUUGGUUGGUCUAGUGUCAAUGAUUCUGAUGCGCACUUUGAGGAAGGAUUACGCCCGAUACAGUAGGGACGAAGAGAUGGACGACAUGGAGAGGGAUUUGGGUGACGAAUACGGCUGGAAACAGGUCCAUGGAGACGUUUUUAGACCUGCCAGUCAUGCUAUGCUCUUCUCAGCUCUUAUAGGUGCGGGCUACCAGGUGACAGUGGUCGUGCUGAGCGUGAUUAACUUCGCCAUCCUGGGGGAGCUGUACACAGAGCGUGGAUCGAUGCUGUCGACGGCGAUAUUCGUGUACGCCGCCACGUCGCCCAUCAACGGCUACGCGGGCGGCGGAUUGUACGCGCGAAUGGGCGGACGCGUGUGGAUUAAACAGAUGAUCCUCAGCGCUUUCAUGCUGCCGCUCAUGGUCUGCGGCACCGCUUUCUUCAUCAACUUUAUCGCCAUGUAUUACCAUGCCAGCAGAGCGAUACCUUUCGGAUCCAUGGUUGCAGUGACGUGUAUCUGCAUAUUUGUGAUAUUACCGCUGACCCUGGUAGGUACGAUUCUAGGGCGAAAUCUCGCCGGGACGCCAGACGCUCCGUGCCGCGUGAACGCGGUGCCUCGACCGAUACCCGAGAAAAAAUGGUUCAUGGAACCUUUGGUCAUCAUCAUGCUCGGUGGAAUCUUACCCUUUGGUUCGAUAUUUAUCGAAAUGUACUUCAUUUUUACCUCAUUCUGGGCGUACAAGAUUUACUACGUUUACGGCUUUAUGUUGUUAGUAUUCGUUAUUCUCAUGAUAGUGACUGUCUGCGUCACUAUCGUAUGUACAUAUUUUUUGCUAAAUGCCGAAGACUAUCGAUGGCAGUGGACGAGUUUUCUUGCAGCGGCUUCGACGGCCGGUUACGUCUACAUUUAUUCCUUUUACUACUUUUUCUUCAAAACCAAAAUGUACGGUCUCUUCCAAACGGCGUUUUAUUUCGGUUACAUGGCGUUGUUCAGCCUGGCUCUGGGAAUUAUGUGCGGAACAGUCGGGUACAUCGGCACUAACGCAUUCGUGCGGAAGAUAUAUUCCACGGUCAAGAUAGACUAAGCAGGAGAAAAGAAUGCAUCGCUGAAUAUAUAGUAUACCAUCGUUCACAUGGUCAUUCGAACGAUGUGAUUCCCGUGCAGCUUAUGAUGCUCACGAUGAUUCUCGACAAAAUGAAGUACACUUCUUCAUCUGUCCCAAAACAGCCCAUCACUUGAGAAUGCGAUUCUUUUCUUUCAAACUUCAGUUUUUAAUGCUCCGCCGAUCGAAGAUUGCGACGUCAGAGGCGAGAAAAUACACGCUAAGAAUUCUUAGAUGUCAUUUGGACUUCGCAUGGCUUUAGCACAUUCUUAAAAUAUCUCGAAAACUAUCCUUUUUUUAAUAAUCAAUCAACAGCUGUAAAAUUAUUGUAAUGUGAGUACAGUUGUUGAUAUUUUAAGAGUGUGUUAAAUAUUUUUUCUUUUUAAAAAUGACGUCUAAGAAUUUUCAGCGCGCGCUUUCUCACCUCUGACGUCAUAAUCUGACAUGGCGAGGAUCCAGGAGCUUUAAUGCAAAACGGCAUCACCGAAUGACGCGUGUCCUGCUUGUUAUUAUUUUUUAUUCUUCCAACGAUACUCGCGUCACUCGAAUCUAAGUAUCCUAGAUACUGAAACGAUGCCUUUUCCGUUAAUUUAUUCCCUUCAGAAUCGCUGUAAUUCGAACGUAAGUAAAGAUGCGCUGUAAACGGAUCCUAAUAUGCGCGCACGUGUGGCAAAUGUGCAGUCAUCUGUCAAUAAUAAAAUAAUAAUUGUAAGUGUUAGUCGAAUCCCAUAUGUGAGUCUGAAUAGUUAUACGAAUGAAAAUUCCGCAAUCGUGCAAGAAUUUAAUAUAUACAUAUAUAUAUAUAUAUAUAUAUCGUUUUAUAUAUAUUAUAUAUAUUUUUUUUGUUGAAUUAGAAUAUAUCGACAGAUAAUUGUACCAAUCAAUAUUUAUAUAUUUAAUUUAAUAAUCAUAUAUGUAUAUGUGUACACACAUAUCGCGCGCACUCACAAAACAUACAUACACAGACACAUACACAUAUACAUAUAAUUGCACGAUUGCAUUCCUAUGCAUAUGAACAUAAAAUAUGUAUCUAUAUGCUGCAAUACAUCUGUCGCUGUCUCGCUUGUGAGACAGCGUAGCGAAAUUGAUCGAGCUAGGGUUGAGAAGUUUCUUGCUCUUUGAAACAAAAGAGAUACUUAAAUUCGGGCAAAAUUAAAAUAUAAUAGUUUGUAAAACGAGAUCAUGUUUUCCAGUUCUUGAAAAAAAAAUCAGAAUAAAAUAUAAUAUUAAAAGCUCUAAUAAAACAAAGAUGGAUUAAAUGUGGAAAGGCAAAAGUGUAUCAUAAUUUAUUAACGCGAUAGUUUUUAUAAGGCUUUUGCAUUGAUACGCAAAUUGUGUAACGGAGAUACAACUGUGUGUCUAGAUUAUUUUUCAAUUUUGCGACUGUCAAUAUUUUGCCAAUUUUAUUGUCAGCGGAAAACUCUUAACGUUAGGUUCUUAGGAUGAAUAGGCUCAAAUUAAGAGAGAAGAAAUCGUGAGUGCAUAGUGCUGAUAAGUUUUUUUAAGAUUUCCAUAGGAUAUCGUGAUUCUUUGCAUUAUUAUCUUCUCCCUUCGUUCGAAUAUCUUCAUUUGUUAUUUUGAACGGAUCCUCGCUCCCGAUUCUCUUCCGCACCGUAUAAUAUCGCGUUGAUCGCUGCAUUGAGAAGUGAGAAGUUAAAAUUCCAUAACACAAUUAGACAUAGGUAUAUACUUUGUGGAUAUUAUUCGCGAAAAAAAUAUAACUACGAGUGUAUUAUAUUUCAGUAAUUUUACCGAAAGACUAAUGUCGGUGAGAGUCUUCGAGAAUAAACGAUUUGUUGUUUAGAUGUAGCAAUUCUAAAAAAAUAUAAAAUUUCUACGUAUACACAACAACAA